CUGCGGGCGUCCCAGCAGGUACCUCCGGCGCCCGGGGCGCGGUGCGCCCGGCUCUCAGCCUCCUGGGCGCCGCCGCAGUGCGCAGAGCCGCGCUGGUGCCCGCCGCGCGCACGGGCAGGCGCGCUCCCGAGCGGGCGCAGUUUCGCAGCUCGGUGCGCCCCGCAUCCCUGUCUCCAGGCUCCCGCCUAUCGCAGACUGCAGCCCGGCCCCGCCAUGGGGAAUGUGCCCUCCGCGGUGAAGCACUGCCUCAGCUACCAGCAGCUGCUCCGGGAGCAUCUCUGGAUCGCGGAUUCAGUGCCAGGGGCGCUCGACCCCGCGCAGGAAGCAUCCCAGUUAUCUGGACUCCCCGAGUAUGUUAAAAUAGUAGAAGUUGGACCUCGCGAUGGAUUGCAGAAUGAAAAGGUUAUCGUUCCUACAGAUAUAAAAAUUGAAUUUAUCAAUCAACUUUCCCAAACUGGCUUGUCUGUAAUAGAAGUGACCAGCUUUGUGUCUUCCAAAUGGGUACCACAGAUGGCUGAUCACACUGAAGUGAUGAAAGGCAUUCGACAAUAUCCAGGAGUUAGAUAUCCUGUCCUUACUCCUAAUCUUCAGGGUUUUCACCGUGCUGUUGCUGCUGGGGCCACAGAGAUAUCUGUUUUUGGUGCUGCAUCUGAAUCCUUUAGCAAGAAGAAUAUUAACUGUUCUAUUGAAGAAAGUAUGGAGAAGUUUGAGGAGGUUGUUAAGUCUGCAAGGCACCUGAAUAUUCCAGCACGAGGGUAUGUGUCUUGUGCCCUGGGCUGUCCAUAUGAAGGAAGCAUCACACCGCAAAAAGUGACAGAAGUAUCUAAGAGAUUGUAUGGCAUGGGCUGCUAUGAGAUCUCUCUGGGAGACACAAUUGGAGUUGGAACUCCAGGAAGCAUGAGGAGAAUGUUGGAAAGUGUCAUAAAGGAAAUCCCACCCACUGCUCUUGCCGUUCACUGUCAUGACACAUACGGACAAGCCUUAGCCAAUAUCCUCACGGCCCUUCAGAUGGGGAUCAACGUGGUGGACUCUGCAGUCUCAGGAUUAGGUGGCUGCCCUUAUGCAAAAGGUGCUUCUGGAAAUGUAGCCACUGAGGAUUUGAUAUAUAUGCUUAAUGGCCUGGGGCUCAAUACAGAUGUGGAUCUUCACAAAGUAAUGGAAGCUGGUGACUUUAUUUGCAAAGCGGUGAAUAAAACCACAAACUCGAAGGUAGCACAAGCCUCCUACAAUGCUUGACAUGAAUGAAUUUGUGACUCAAGGCUGAGGAGAUCCAUUUCAGCUACAGAUAUGCAUCUAAAGAUCAUUCCUGUCAACUUGUUCUGAAAUGUGAAGGAAUAGACACAAGUUGCGGGGAGGGGGGGGGGGGGGAAGAGAUGCCUUUCAGAAGAGUACAAGUGGACCCAUUUUGAAGUCAACACAAAGUGAGACCAGUCAUCGGGUAAAUCACAAGCUGAAGCUAAAUAAUAAAAUUUGUAGAUAUGCUUUUGAACAUGGAGAAAAGUCUACUCUUUGUUUCUUAGAGAACUCACUUGUUAAUUUAGUAGAUGUGAAAAUUGAGUUCAGCUUUCCCUAAGAUUUCCCUAAAUACCAAAUACUGUGUGAAAUACUUAAUCAAGCAGGCUUACCACCGUGUACGUACCGUCAGUAGUUUACGAGCCCUGCUUAGUGUGCAAAGUGUGUGGCCUUGAUAUGCGUUAUGCCUUUGGAUCUCAGCUUCCCAUUUGCCAAGUCAGUUAAAUAAUGGACCAAGCGCCAGAUCUCCAGCCGACCCCACAUACUUGUUAGCAAUAGAACUUCUACAUUUCAAGUAUGGCUAACAUCUGUUAACUAUUUCAAUGACUUUAUCUUGUUCCAAGAGGCUGUGGUCAAUGGCAAGACGCCAUAUCCUGGAAACAUAUUACGACCUCCCGUGUUUGUUACAUGCUUACAGUUUACCAUGCUUUUUCUUUCAUCAGUUAUAGUAAAAACCAGCAUGGUGUUACUCAACUGUGGAGAAACAGAAGGCAUGACUUUCAUCUUGCUGUCUAAACUGCAGUGAUGAGAAUAGAUUGAUACGUGUAGCAUAAUCCACAUUCGUAAUUGUCAGAUCACGUCCAAAUUGCUGGAGGAAAUGUCAUUGUAAUCCUAAGAAUGUGUUAUUAAGCCAGUUUUUAAUUUGUGAAAUAAACUGUUUUUCAUCGAUUCAGGGCACUUUGAUUAAAUCACAUCUUCUUGUUGACUUUUUUAUGGUUAUUUUUAAAGUUGAAGUGGCUGAAAUUUUAUCUUUCGUACUAGAAAGAAUUGCCAGAAAUAGCAAAAAGUAAUAUAUCAAGUUGAGAAGAGGAACAGGAGGACUAUGUUAAGAAAAACAUUUCUGUAACUUAUGCAAAUAAUGUGGAGACAGUAUUAUUAUAUGUGUGUCUGAAACAUCAGUUCUAUUAUUUAUGUAGACUUCUCCAAUAAUAUUGGGCGAUCUUAUCUUUAAAUAAAUUUGAAUAUAACUUGAAA